GCUUUCACACCUUGAGCACCUGCUCCUUCUUUCCACUUUGCUCGGGUCUUGUUUUCACACCCUCCCUCAUUUUCCUUCUUUGAAGCUUCAACUGCUGCCCUUCUCUCUCUCUCUCUCUCUCUCUCUCUCCCUGGAAACUGGUGGUUCUUUAGGAGGAGAGGAGAGGUGCAAAUUGUUGAUCUUUUCUUGGCUUCUCCUACAUGGGGUGUUGCUUGAGUGCAAGAAUCAAAGCUGACAAUCUAUUUCCCACAGGGGGAAAACAAGGGAAUGUCUCGGGGGGUUCGAGCCGCAAGGUCUCAUCCUAUUCGGGGCCUCAAACUUCUCGGACAGAGGAUGAGAUAUUGGAGUCAUCCAAUUUGAAGAGCUUCAGCUAUAAUGAACUCAGGGUGGCGACCAGGAACUUCCGGCCCGACAGUGUGUUGGGUGAAGGAGGUUUCGGGAGUGUUUACAAGGGAUGGGUCGAUGAACAAACCUUCGCUGCAACCAAGCCUGGAAGUGGCAUUGUCAUUGCGGUCAAGCGGCUUAACCAAGAAGGUUUCCAAGGUCACAAGGAGUGGUUGACCGAAAUAAAUUACUUGGGGCAGCUGUAUCACCCUAAUCUAGUGAAACUGAUUGGUUUUUGCUUGGAGGAUGAGCACCGGCUUCUGGUUUAUGAAUUCAUGCCUCGAGGCAGCUUGGAAAAUCAUCUGUUCAGGAGGAAUUCCUACUAUCAGCCACUAUCUUGGAAACUCCGCAUAAAGAUUGCGCUUGGUGCUGCCAAAGGUGUCGCAUUUCUUCAUAGUGAUGAGGCCAAAGUGAUAUAUCGAGACAUUAAGCCAUCCAACAUCUUGUUGGAUUCGGAUUACGAUGCAAAACUUUCCGAUUUUGGAUUGGCCAAGGAUGGGCCGACAGGCGACAAAAGCCAUGUCUCUACAAGAAUAAUGGGUACCUUUGGAUAUGCUGCUCCAGAAUAUAUGUCCACAGGGCAUCUCAGUCAAAAGAGUGACGUCUACAGCUUCGGGGUUGUCCUCCUCGAAAUGCUAUGUGGCAGGAGAGCGGUGGACAAAAACAGGCCGGCGGGAGAGCACAACUUAGUUGAAUGGGCCAGACCUCACCUCACGAGCAAACGGAAGAUUCUCCAAGUGAUGGAUCCUCGUAUUCAAGGGCAGUACUCAUUGGGCGUGGCCCUGAAAUUAGCGAAGCUCGCAAUCUGUUGCCUCUCAACUGAACCUAAGUGCAGGCCGACUAUGAACGAGGUGGUCAGAGCAUUGGAGCAACUUCAGGCCUCCGAAGAGGUAAAGGCUAAUGAAACUUCAUCAGAAGUGCAACACCCUUCAAGUUCGAGCGACGACUCCAAACAUCCUAGAAGCACCAAUGACAAUAGUAAAGAACACAAUGCGCUUCAAUGAAUGACAUGGUUUGUAGAGUUACGCCACACUGGGAGGCGGUUUUUGAACUCGCCAUAGCUACACUCACCGAACAAGUCUUCGGUUUGGAAGCUGAAGAGCAUAGAGAAUUAUGAUCCCCGGAUCGUUGUCGAUCCCAUUUUCUCAGUGCCUCGCUGCCGAAUCCUGAAGAGAGGAUAUUUUAUCUGGUUGUAUGUUAUUCCUGCAUAGCUGAUAAUAUCAUCCACUUGCUGUGUAUACAUGUUUGUUGUUCCUCACUAGUAAUGAAUACCAACUUUUGCCUUGCUGAUGUAAA